GCGCCCGCCCCUGCCGCAGCGCAGCGCCGUGGCUUGCGCGGCGCGGUGGCCCGCCCUCGCCGCGCAGCGGCGGGCGCUCGCCUCGGGCGCGGAGGGCGGCGGUGGCGCGGCGUCUGGCAAGGCGGAGAAGGAGGAGGAGAAGGCGGAGUCGGACCGCCGCUUCGAGGAGUCCGGGGAGUACGACACACAGGAGCGCUACAAGCGGGUGGGCAACCCGAUCGCGUGGGCGAACCCGACAGGUGGCGGGACCGUAGAGGACAACUCCAGCAAGCACUGGAGAUGGGUCUUCCCAGUCGUGUCCGGCGUAAUCCAGGAGGCUCUCGCCAGCGUGCCGACUGGGCUCGAGUCUCUCG